GACUUGACGCCAACUAUCGACCUGCCCAUAUCCAGUCUUCCCGUUCAGCCCAUAACUGAUGUACGCCCCGAAGUACAGCCAAAAAUUCAAGGAAUUCUACAGAAGACUGGAUUCCAUGUCGUUCCUGCUGGGUUUGACGAGUGGCGCAUCUCGUUUUCUAAGGCCGAGAAAGAAAUUCUGGCCACUUCCCCUAACGGUUUUAAAGCAUGUUACAAAGUCUUAAAAGUCUUACGAGAUGACGUGUCUGAGAAGCUGGGAUUGAGGACCUCCUUGCUACCGUCGUACUUAUUUAAGACUGUUCUCUUGUCCCAGUUGUUCACCAAAGGUGUCCAUGCUUGGGAGAAGGAGUUCCGAUCUCAAAUGGUCAUCGAUGUUUUGGAGCUCAUUUUGCAAGCAAUAAAGCAGGAAAAGCUUCCAAGUUUCUUCAUUCCCUCAUCUCUACUUCUAUCCAAGGCACAUGAGAACAGAUUGCGGGAAUGCCUCGUGGAAGACAUGCUGAACGAAGUGAAGGGCUUCAAAAUGGCCAACUCAUUGAUGGACGUUGAAGAGAAAAAACAACAGGUGAAGAUUUUACAACUAAUUGAGCUGUUGGAG